AUGCCACGUGUGAAGACGAGAAGAACUAAGCCUGCACCUGACGGGUUCGACAAAAUCAAGCCGACCCUCACAGAUUUCGCAAUUCAACUCAGAGAUGCGCAGCAGGACAAGUCGUCCAAACUCGCCGCCAAGUCCACUGAGCAGCUCUGGGACAUCAUGCAGAUUCAUCACCAGCGCUCUAGAUACAUAUAUACUCUGUACUACAAGAGAAAGGCCAUCUCCAAAGACCUCUACCAGUGGUUGGUCAAGGAAAAGUACGCAGACAAGUUACUCAUUGCCAAGUGGCGCAAAACAGGCUACGAAAAGCUGUGCUGUCUGCGCUGCAUCCAAAAGAACGAAACCAACAACGGAGGCACUUGCAUCUGCAGGGUGCCUCGUGCACAGUUGGAAGAAGAAGCGCACAAAAAGGGCGCGCAAGUCUCCUUCCACCAAUGUGUUCACUGCGGCUGCAGGGGAUGUGCAAGCACAGAUUGA